AUGGUCCUCGGUUUUCAAGUAUCGGGCACGAUCCUGGAAAUGGGCGGACUGGCACACGAACAGACAGACUAUCAGAUAGGCGAGGAGGUCGUCGUGCACAACUAUCCCGCCUGCAGCGGUUUGGCUGAAACCUGUCUAGCUCAUUACAGGGAUAUAUUUAGAUUAAUGGGACGAGUGAGCAUGGAGAACGCGGCGGUCGUUACGGAUGAUUAUUUCUCGGCUUUGUUGGCGAUGGGUCGUCGAGCUCGCAUCCAGAGAGACGAGAGCUUUCUCGUUAACGCGAAACACUCGCGUUCUGCCCUGGCUGUCAUCGAUCUUGCUGUCAAAGUGUUUGGAGCGAAGCCGAUAGCUAUAUGUGAUGAUGCAAGGCGGGCCGAGCUGUGCGUCGAACUUGGUGCGUUAGUGAUACGUGAUAGAAAUGGACGGUGUUUACCACACAAAUUGAAAGAAGUUAACGGAAAAGAAGAAGUGCGCGUGAUAAUCGAGACCGAAGGCGGGCCGCACUUCCGGAACAUUAUCAAAUGCUUGGAGCACGACGGUCUCAUCGCUUUUCUUGAUUCUGCCCGCAACAGACGACAUCUAAAUCUUUGUUCCAUGUCGUCGAACUACACGAUAUUCGUCGUCGCUGCGGAACACUAUAAAAUUGCUGACACAUUAAUAUAUCGGGAAACUAUGCAGCAUUUGUUGGAUUAUCAAUCAGAAUGCGUAAUUCGUCCUCGUAUCUCGGCGAUUUUCGGAUUACAUCGUGUAAAUGAUGCGUUCAAGUAUUAUAUGAGGGUGCCAAGCGGACAAGUGUUAAUUGAUAUGAAAAAUUGUAAUCGGUUAACUCUAUGCGACGAGCGUUAAAUAUUAGUCGAGUAGAUAAUACUUAAUGUAAACUAGUGAUAGAAAUGUAAUAUUGUA